ACUAUAACUGAUAUCAAUAUCGAUGACAAAAAUAAAAAUUGAAAUCGUUAUGUUCUUUGCAUUCAAUUGCUGAUAACUGGAGAUAACUAUAAUGACUACGUAAUAUCAUUCUAUCUUUCUAGUACUCUCAUUUUGUUUUUCAGUUAAAGAUAAUUUUGAAUUUUCAAAAGAUAUCCGUAUCUUCCAUGACUUUACAAGAAUAUUUAUGCAAUUUUUUAGCGGUGGUUAUAUUCCUAUAUAUAAUAUAUAAUUAUAUUUAUUAUCAUAAAUAAUAGAAUCGUCUUGUAACUACGUAACGAUUAUACAUCAAUUGAAGAAACAGAGUGUAUAUAAAAGGUGAAAUGCAUCGCGGAGGAAACAGCGUUCGAGUCUCAGUUCUCUGCCCACAUUCCUCCAGGAUACAAUGGACAAGAACAACGCUAUUUUACUUCCCAAUGGACAAUUAAUGCCAAUGCUUGGCUUUGGCACGUGGCAGGCAAGUGAAGAGGAAUUGAUGAAUGCUUUGGAUGUUGCUUUAGAAGCUGGAUAUAGACAUAUUGAUACAGCGCCAGUAUACUACAAUGAAAAAGCAAUCGGUAAAGUCCUCAAAAAAUGGUUUGAUUCUGGAAAACUUAAACGGUCAGAAAUAUUCAUUGUUACAAAGCUUCCUCCAACUGGAAACAGACCAGAACACGUGGAAAAACAUAUUAAAAAGUCCUUGCAGGAUUUGCAACUAGAUUAUUUGGAUCUUUAUUUGAUUCAUACACCAUUUGCUUUUGAGGAAGUUGGAGAUGAUUUACACCCUGUCGAUAAAGAUGGAAAUAUACGAAUAGACCCAACUACCGAUAGCGUAAAGGUUUGGGCCGAAAUGGAAAAACAAGUGGAAAGUGGUCGAACUAGAGCAAUCGGAUUGUCAAAUUUUAAUAUCAAACAAAUCGAGCGAGUUUUAAACAGUGCGAAAAUAAAAAUUUCUAUGUUGCAAAUUGAAUUGCAUGUUUAUUUUCAGCAACAAGAAGUAGUAAAUUAUUGCAAAAGUAAGAAUAUUCCAAUAACAGCUUACUCUCCACUUGGAACACGAAAUUUUGUAAAGCUGAUGAAGAAAACAGAAGAAAUCCCUGACAUGCUACAAAAUGAUGUAGUCUUAGAGAUAGCAAAGAAGCACAAGAAAACAGCUGCACAAGUUUUAUUGCGAUACAUUCUGCAAAAUGGAAUUGUAGUCAUUCCAAAAAGUACUAAUCCCCAGAGAAUUAAGGAGAAUACACAGUUAUUUGAUUGGAAGCUUGAAUCAGAAGACAUGGCAAAAUUAAAAGGUCUUGAUCGUGGGGAAUCUGCUAGAAUUUGCGAUUUUGAUUUCUUUAAAGGAAUUCAACAACAUCCUGAAUAUCCCUUUUAAACGUUUUACAACAUAUAAUAUUAACAAUGAAAUGAAUAACAUACAGCUUUUAAUUAAUGUUACAUAAUACAUAGUUAUUUUUGUUGUUAUUUUAAAUAGAAUAUUUUAUAGAACAUACAAAUUAGAUAUAGUAUUCAAAACCUAUGAAAUUUUAAAAAAUUUGUUAUGAAAUAUCUUAUUUUUAAACUUAAAGCAUCUUAUGAAUCUUUAAUUUUUUUAAUAUUUUAUUCUUCAGUAUUUUUAUGCAGAUACGUAUUGUAGUCUACAGUUUCACAGAUUUUAUAAUAAUUGUUAUUGUUUAUGUUUUAUUAUAAGGCAAAAU